CCACGUAGGUCGCAGGGUUGUUUUUAUUAUCAGCUGUUUGUUGCGAGCUGUACAGCGCUAUCGUAAAAUCUUUUGGAAAAAUUGGUAAAAAAAACCAAAAAAGAAAAACAAGUGACUUAUAUAUUUUGGGCUGAACCCAGUCACAUAACACGAUAUACGCUCCCAAACAUUUAUUUGUGAGGAUUUCAUCGACGGAAAAUCGGUUGCUGGGUAAACACAAGCAGGUUGUGCUGAAGCCUCUGUGAGAAGUGCGGUACUAUCAGACGAGCAGUGCACCAUCAAUCACACGUAUAACAAUGUUUCAACGGCUCACAAAUCUGAUCUUUGGAAGUGUGACUGAAACAACUCAGGAAGCAACUCUACCAAAGCCAGGAUCUCCUGAGGUAGAUGAGGAGGACUGGCUCCUGGUCAGCACAUCUGGAGAGACUUUCUCAGAGCCCAGCGAUGGACCAACCAACGUAAUAGAAAGUCUGUCAAACACAGAGAAAUGUGCUGCAGUUUUGGACAAUGAUGAAAGCAUUGUAGAGCCUGAAGUUCCUGUUACUAGAAGCACUGGGCGGGUAUCUCAGAGGUUUGCCUCGCAGGCUGGCGCUCUUAUCAAAGUGACCCAGGUGGGCAGGUUACAGCGGGCUCAGACACGAGCCAACCGCCACAGUCUUGGCCGCAAUUGCAUUCAGCGACAAAACCACGUCCGCCAGCGUCUUCCUCAACACAACUCUCGCAUACGCCGUGUGAUUCUGCACCAGCCUGGCCAUCGCAGCCUUAAACACUAAGAUGCAGAGAAAGCACAAGUCAACAUGACACUUGAUAGUGCAUUUAAUAAAAACAUGCAAGCACCAAGCAACUGUUUUUAUUAUUUACUACGUAGAGUAUAAUGAAUCAAAUGGCAGCUAAAAAUGUCUUCCAAGUUUGGUUGGCCACUUGAAAGUCUUUUACCUACUGUACCGCACUACACUGAGACUGUCAUGCAGCAAUAAAAAUAAAAGAAGGACCCUUGAA